UCCUGCAUCCCCAGGGGGGUCCGUGCGCCCCGGAUCCUGCGCCCCGGAUCCUGCGCCCCCAGUGGGGUCCGUGCGCCCCGGAUCCUUCGUCCCGGGGGGGUCCCGGCGCCCCUGGAGGCGGCCGCAGGUGACCAUGUCGUCGAUGGACCCCCUGCCCCCCGCCCUGCCCCCCGCCCAGAAGCCCACCCGCAUCACGAAGCCACGGCCCCCCUCCUGGUCGCGGCCCAGCCGGGCCCCCCAGCUGGAGCCGCCCCCCGGCAAGGAGCAGCCCCCGGGGAACGUGCGCCAGAUGGUGGGUCGCUUUGAGCCCCGGGCGGGCGGGGGCCCCGCGCCCAGCCCCCCCUCGGAGAACGGGGCCCAGCGCCCCCCGCAGGUGCCCCCGGGGACGGAGCUCGGUCCGGGGCCGGACGCCGGGGGGGAGCCCCCCAGCCCGGGCGCCUGCCCCCCGCGCUGCCCCUGCGCCUGCCACCGGCCCCGGCCCGGCCUGGUGCUGCUGUGGGUGCCGGCGCCGCGGGGGGGGGAGCCCGGCUCGGACGGCUCCGCCUCCACCGACGAGGAGGGGCCCCUCUUCCGGCGCCGGCUGGAGGUCCCCCCCGCCCCCCCGUCCCGCUGGUCCCCCCGCCAGCCCCCCGCCCCGCCCCCCGAGGACGGCAGCGUGGUCCUGACCGGCUACCGCUCCACCGCCCACCGCAACGGGGGCCCGGCCCUGGCCAAGCCCCCCCGCCGGGCCAAGGGGGACCGGCCCCCCCCGGCCGUGCCCCCCAAGGCCCCCGGGAAGCCCCGGGAGCCCCCACCCCCCUUGUCCCAGCCGCCCCCUCCCCCGCAGAAGGAGAGCGCCCCCGCGCGGGGGGACGGACCCUGCCAAGGAGACUCUGAUGGCCACAGUCCGGAGCCCGAGCCGCCGAGGGACAGGUGCUGCCCGUCCCCGAAGGGCCCCGGCUGGGGGCUGACACUGCAGGACGAGCCCCUGUACCAGACGUACCGCCAGGCCGUGAUCCGCAAGGAGCUGCACCGCCAGACGCUGCCCCGCACCCCCAGCCUCAGCAGCUGGGACGGGGACCCGGCGCCCCCCCCGGCCCCCCCCGGCGCCCCGGCCCCCCGCAGCUCCCUCUGGCAGGACCUGCCGGCCGUGCGGGACAGCGGCCUGCUCCGGCGCAUCAGCCCCCAGGAGCGCAAGAUGCAGGAGAGCCUGUUCGAGGUGCUGACGUCGGAGGCCUCGUACCAGCGCUCGCUGCGCCUGCUGGCCGAGCACUUCGUGGAGUCGCGGGAGCUGGGCCAGACGCUGCUGCCCCGCGAGCGCCAGGCCCUGUUCUCCAGCGUCCUGCGGGUCCGGGAGAUCAGCGCCAGGUUCCUGGAGGCGCUGGAGCGGCGCGUGGCCGAGAACCUGCAGAUCCGCGACCUGAGCGACGUGGUGGCCGCCCACGCCCGGCGCGACUUCCCCGCCUACGUGGAUUACGUCCGCAACCAGCCCUACCAGGAGCGGGAGUACAGCGCCCUCAUGGAGCGAAACGGCCCCUUUGCGGCGGUGCUGAGCCGGCUGCAGGCGCAUCCCCUGUGCCAGCGCCUGCCCCUCCUCUCCUUCCUGCUGCUGCCCUUCCAGCGCAUCACCCGCCUCAGGAUGCUGCUCCAGAACAUCCUGGGCCGGGCGGAGGAGGGCUCGGAGCGGGAGCGAAACGCGCUGGACGCCCUGGCCUGCGUCUCUCAGAUCAUCGAGGAGUGUAACUCGGAGGUGGGGCGCAUGCGGGAGACGGAGGAGCUGAUCGAGAUCGCCAGGCGCAUCGACUUCGACCGGCUCAAGGCGGUGCCCAUCGUCUCGCCGCGCCGGCGGCUGGAGAAGCAGGGGGCUCUGGCCGAGGUGCUGCCCCGGGGGUCCCUGUUCGGCACCCGGCCCCGGACGGUUCCCAUCCACCUGCUGCUCUUCAGCGACCUGCUGCUCGUCACCCAGCGCAAGAGCGCGGGGCGCUUCGUGGUGCUGGACUACGGGCACCGGUCGCUGGUGUCGGUGCAGGGGGUGGGGCAGCCCCCCCCGGCCCCCGGCCUGGGCCAGGCCUUUUACCUCACCCUGCUGGAGAACCACCGGGGCCAGGCCUGCGAGCGCCUCUGCCGGGCCCCCAGCCAGUCGGACAUGCACCGGUGGAUGGAGGCUUUUCCCCAGCCCGGCGCCCCCCCCAGCCAGCCCCAGGAGACCGUCUACGAGGACUGGGACUGCCCCCAGGCGCACUGCGUGGAGCCCUACGUGGCCAGACAGGCCGACGAGCUGAGCCUGGAGCCGGCCGACGUGGUCAACGUGCUGCGCAAGACGAGCGAGGGCUGGUGCCAGGGCCUGCGACUGGCCGACGGGCGCAAGGGCUGGUUCCCGGCCGCCCACGUGCGGGAGAUCACCAGCGAGCACGUCCGCCGGCGCAACCUGCGCGAGAGGCACCGGCUGCUCCAGGCCGCCCGGCAGCUGCAGCUCAGCCGCCUUGCCACCGCCAAGGCCGGCUCCGCCUGAGCGGGCACGGGACACGCCUGAGCCGGGCACGGGAACACGGCCUGA